AUGAAACCCCAGCGCUCUUCGCAGAUCUUUGGGUUGAUAAUCGCAAACAUGGAGGAUGCUUCUGAUUCUUCACAAGGGGUUGCUCUAUUAAUUAAUAAUGUAGCUCUCCCAGGCUCUCCGCCGUCUCUUCCUGUAUCAGUGACAGGCUGUAAAAGUCAUCGAGUAGCCAAUAAAAAGGUAGAAGCGAGAAGUGAAAAGCUCCUCCCAACAGCUCUUCCUCCUUCGGAGCCGAAAGUAGAUCAGAAACUUCCCAGGAGCUCGGAGAGGCGGGGAAGUGGCGGUGGGACGCGAUUCCCCGCGCGGAGCCAGGCCGUGGCAGCGGGAGAAGCGGCGGCCAGCAGCGCCGCGGGGCCGGCGGGAAGCGACCCCCCGGGGGGGACAGAGCCUCCCCUCGCCGCCUUUGUAGUUGAGAAGGUGGAGAAGUGGCAGCCGGCGUACUUGCAGGUGAGGGGCUCCGUGUGGUCGCUCGGGAGCCGGCCGACGCCGGCAGCGAACUCCCUCGCGGCGUCGGGCCGGCCGGCUGCGCGCCGAGCACGUUGUGAGCCCCGCGGCGGCGGCGGCCGCGGGCUGGGAGAGGGCGCGGGGGAGGGGGCCGCCGUCGCUCCCGCACUGCCCGCCCGCGGCCGGGCGUCCGGCCCCAUUGUGAGCCGGCAGCCGGGCGUGCGGAGGUGGGGCGGCUCCGCUCUUUCGAUACCCCGGCCGCGACAGGAGCGACCUCGGCUCCGGUGGCAGUCGCGGCGCGUCAGUCACACAAAAGGCAGUCGAGCUUCCCCGGCGCGCGGACCGGCCCACGGAAGCGGGGCCGGCGCGGGCGGCCGAGGGUCCGGGUGA